CGUUUACCUCUUGCACAAUGUGAUAUAUUAUGACUCGAUCUGUUUUUAAAAAGUUUUGUUAAUUUUAUUUACUCAUAUUGCCAAAAGAAAGUAUUCGCUAUGGAGGAAGACAAUGAACCACCUGUUGACUCCAGAGGUACCUCCGCUACGAUACCUAAUUUCUCCAAAUAUGAUCUUGAAGACCACCGAGCAUGUACAGUUUAUAUUGGGUACUAUCUUCCUGGAUAUAGAAAAAAGGGCCAUCAUAAACAUCGUCAUCAUCACAAACCGGAUUAUAAUGCUGAUGCUGAAUAUAGUCAUGACAUCAGUAAACCAGUUACUCCUCCUUCUGAACGAGUUCAUUUCAUAUUGGGGGAAGAAGAAGAUGGAACUCAUGAGCCACAUCCAUUAUUCAGUGAAAUGGAAGAGCUAUUCCGUGAUGGUAAAGAAAUUGAGUGGAGAGAGACUGCACGGUGGAUUAAAUUUGAAGAAGACGUUGAAGAGGGUGGAAAUCGUUGGUCCAAGCCUCAUGUCGCAACAGUUUCCCUGCAUUCUCUGUUUGAAUUGAGAAGUUGCAUUUUAAAUGGAACUAUCAUACUCGAUAUGGAUGCUCACAACUUAGAGGAAAUUAUAGAUAUAAUAUUGGACAAUAUGGUUUCAAGUUCCCAAAUUGCUUCCGAUCUUGAAGAAGAAAUUAAAACAGUUCUAUUAAGGCCACAUCGACAUCAGCAUGAAUUGAGAAAUGAAUGGACUGACAAAAGUAAUCGUUUGUCAUUGAUAAGAUCCCUGACCGAAGUUGGACGUGUUUCUUCCAAACUGACUUCUACUAGAAAUUCAGCUAGUGCUGGCGUUUUGGGAGAACAUGUUAACAAUAAUUUGAGUUCUGGAUCAUUUCGUGGUUUAUUUCAAGGAAAAAAUAAUGACUCACCCGAGGAAUCAUCGGAAAACUUUCUUCAUAAAAUUAAUCAAGCCUUUAUGCGCAAAAUCCCACCAAAAGCUGAGGCGUCAAAUAUUUUAGUCGGAGAAGUAGAAUCUCUUGAUAAAGUCAUAUCAGCAUUUGUUCGUUUGAAUGCCAGCUGCAGCCUGGGAGAUCUAACUGAAGUCCCUGUUCCCACCAGAUUUUUAUUUAUUUUGUUAGGCCCAGAAGGCAAUGGCUUGAAGUACCACGAAAUCGGACGAGCAAUGGCUACAUUAUUAUCAGAUGAGGUCUUCCAUGGUGUAGCUUAUAAAGCUAAAAAUCGUCUGGACUUAUUGGCUGGUGUUGAUGAAUUUCUUGAUGUGUGUACUGUGUUACCUCCUGGAGUUUGGGAUCCAAGCACCAGAAUUGAACCCCCUAUGCAAACAGCCUCACAGGAAGCUCGUAAAAAGCCUGAACCAAAGAAGGACGAGGACAUUGAAACUAUGAAGGAAGUCAACUAUGAUGAAGAUUUCAAUAUUAUUUGCAAUCGAAAACUUUUUGGAGGAUUGAUGGCUGAUAUUAAAAGAAAACUUCCAUGGUACCUCUCUGAUUUCAAGGACUGUAUCUCUUUGCAGUGUAUAUCAUCUGUUGUAUAUUUAUAUUUUGCCUGUAUUGCACAAAUUAUUACAUUUGGAAGCUUGUUUGCUAAGGUGACAAAAAAUCAAAUGGCUUCAACUGAAUGUUUGCUCUCUUCAUUAAUUUGUGGUACUACUUAUAGUUUAUUCAGUGGUCAACCCCUGACUCUUUUAGGAACUACGGGACCUGUUGUAGUCUUUGAAAGCAUGGUAUUUGAUAUGAGCGAGAAACAUGCUAUUAAUUUUCUUUCAUUGAGACUAUGGAUUGGAUUGUGGACUUCAUUGUAUUUGUUUCUCUUUGUUUUUUUUAAUGUAGCAGCAUUAGUAAAGUACAUUACUAGGUUUACAGAAGAAAUUUUUGCUCUGUUAAUUUCAACUUACUUCAUAUACAAAGCUUUUAAAAAUGUACUAUUAAUAGGUAAGAGAUUUCCUGUGCGAACCAUGUAUAGUCCUCUGUGCUUCUGUACUUCACAGACUUCUGUUAAUUCAACUGUUACUGGCGAAAAUAAUUGCAUAAGUGAAAAUGGUGCUGAUAGUUGUACUGUGUAUGUGCCUCAUAUUUUUCUUAUGUCCAUCAUCUUAUUUGCUGGUACAUUUGGUCUCAUACUUUUAUUGAGAUAUGUGAAAAGAACUCCUUUUUUUCCAGCAAAGGCUCGAAUAGGUAUAUCCGAUUUUUCUGUUUUAAUUGCAGUAUUAUUUAUGACUGGAUUAGACGCUGCAGUGGGUAUAAAAACUCCAAAGCUUGAAGUUCCAAAGUCUUAUAAACCAGCACUUAGAGAUUGGGUUAUUCCCAUCUUUGGUGGCAAUCCUUGGUGGAGUAUAGUGUUUGCCAUGAUUCCUGCAUUACUUUUGACUGUUUUGGUGUUUAUGGAUCAACAAAUCACUGCAGUUAUUGUGAAUCGAAAAGAGAAUAAACUGAAGAAAGGUCAUGGCUAUCAUUUGGAUUUGUUAGUUGUGGCAUUUUUGAUUGCAAUUUGCUCAAUUUUUGGACUUCCUUGGUUUGUAGCAGCUACAAUUUUGUCCAUUACACAUGUAAAUUCCUUAAAAGAGGCUUCUCAGUGUUCAACUCCUGGAGAUAAGCCUCAUUUUUUGGGGGUUCGAGAACAGCGGGUAACGCAUCUCCUAGUGUUUAUUCUCAUAGGACUAUCAGUUUUCUUAAGUGAUAUUUUGCAGGUCAUACCAAUGCCUAUUUUGUAUGGUGUGUUUCUUUUCAUGGGUGUUUCUUCACUCAAAGGUUUACAAUUUUUUGAAAGAAUAAUGUUGAUGUUCAUGCCUGUAAAAUAUCAGCCUGAUUAUAGCUACUUGCGCCAUGUUCCAAUUCGUCAAGUGAGAAUGUAUACCGUUUUACAGUUUGUCUUAUUUGGGCUUUUAUUUUCCUGCAAAUUUAUCAAGGAAACUGCAUUUAUAUUUCCUUUUCUGCUUGUUGCCGUUAUUUUUAUCAGAGGGAAAUUGGGUUUCAUUUUUGACAAAGACCACCUGAAGAUGCUAGAUGAUGUGAUGCCAGAAUUUUCAAGUUCGGCAAAAGAACAUGAGGCUUUUAAACAGAGCGAGCACUGUGUUCUUGAAAAAAGUAAAUAUUCUACCAUGCAUAGCAACAACAGUCAUGCAAAUAUAAACAUUUCAGAAGUUCUAAUGGAAAGUGGAAUGUGGAAAAGUAUUGAUCAGCAAUCUCAUAAGAGCCAGAAAAAGAUUCUAUCAGUUAAAUGUAAGAAGAAAAAGCACAAUUGUAAAAGAGAUUCUCUGAAAUCAGAAGAACAGAAAUGUCUCUCAAUCAUGGAAGAGGAGGAAGAAGUAUCUAACUCGCCUGAUGCAACCUCCCCAACUGUAGUGCCAUAUGAUCAGGUUGCAAACGACAAAAAAAAUGAAACUGUUGUAUGAUCCUCUUCAGCAUCAUUAUGCCAAGAAUUGCCUUUAAUACAUUUCAUCUUUUGCAAAUCUACAUUUAUCCAUAAAUUAAAUUGCUCAAAAAAAUUUUUGAUCAGUAUAUACAUACAUAUAUAUCAUUUUAAGGAUAUCUUGAGAACUUACAUGUUGCUUGUUAUUUGUAGAAGUUUUAAUUAUAAUAAUAACAAUCUUGAGCUUAAUUUAAUAAUAAAUGUGUACUUAUUAUGAAGGACAAUGUAAUGGACUUGGAAAUACAUUUGUUUGUUAUACUCAUUUAAGCGUAGAAUUCCAUUUCUGGAUAUCUUCCCAUUGUGUUGAUUACUUUUUAUUUUGAAAAAAUGGGUUGAGUAUCUUCUUCCACUUGGGAAUUUUUACUCACCAAAAAAUUUUUGUUUAUAAAAAGUCAUGUAAAAAGUUGUUUUAAUCUGAUUAACCUAUUGAGCACCAUGACAAUCCUACAAGACGCACAAGGAACAAGUGAAUAUUCGUUACAAACUUUAGUUGGUUCAAUAAGAUUAAUGAAAAAAACUAAUUUAAAAAAAUCACUCUUUUAUUGUAGGCCAUGGGUCCUGCUUUGAGUUGAAUAGUUUUUGUGUGUUUUCAACCAAUGUUUACAUAUUUGACCUCAUAAGCAAGAAAGUUAUUUCUCAAAAGCAAAAUUUUACUUAUGAACCUUGUUUUAAAUAUUUAUUGCACACUCAUCUAAUAAUCAGCCAUUUUGAUUUUAGAAUUGAGAUUUUUAAAAUUUAAUCUUUUUCUUUAUUAUUAAUUUGGUCAUGGUGCUUCAGGCGUUAAAAGACUAUUUGUUAAAAAAAAACUCCACCCCUCCAAAACUUCUGUUACAGAUUUUGUGGCAUCCAAUUGUAACAUUUUAAAAAGAUAUUUUUUUGGCAAUAGAGCUGUAGCUUGGGUGGGAUAGUGUACAAUAUUUAAGAGGCAGGGAUUUUAAAGUUCAAGUCAUUUUAUUAUGUGACUGUGUUCACCCUCAUUUUUUGCUAUUUAAGUAAAGAGUUUCAAAGAAACAUUAAUUUGCACAUCUUUCAUGAAAUCCUUAUUGACAAUAAGUAGUUUGUUAUUUUUCAUUGCUUUUAAUGUAUCAAAAAUUAUUUCACAAUUUUUUUAUGAGAAUCAAGCUUUUUUACUCAUGUCAAGUCAUAAUAUCAAUAGUUUUUAUAGAAUCAGUUUCAAUAGUUUUUAUAAAAUCACAUGUUAUUUUUAUUCAUUUUCUGAAAGAAAACAAACCUGUCUAAUGUACAACCUUAUGCCAAUAAUAUAAGUUAUUAUAUUUACUGAUGCUUUUCUUGUGUCAUAAAUUUUACACUCCAGGUGAUAUUUUUUUAUGUAGGUUACAUAUUGUUUCAUUCAUUUACACUUAUUGAAAUGUUUAUCCAUUUUAUUGUUUUGUUAGCAUUCAUGCUUUUAUUUGCUUUUUAUCAUCAUUAUAAAAGUUUCAUGUCAACAUCUAUGCAUUGUUCAUUGAAUAUAAGGCAGAAAUGAAUUUUAUCAUUCUGAAAAUUCUUUCUUCCAUAUAUUAUUAUUAUUUGCUGUAUUAAUGAUAAAAUUUGCUAAAAAAUAGAAUUUUUCUUUGUGCUUUUAUGUUUACUAUAUUUUUCUGCUGUAUUGCAAUCGAAUGUACAUUGAAUUGUGUCAUUUUUGAAUUGUAAACCAAAACAGAAAAUGUCAUUUUCAACCAUUUGUUGUCCCCUGUAGAGGCGUAAUUCCAGCAUAACACACUGAUGUUUUUUUAAGGGACAUUAAUUUUUAUUAGUGAUUCCAGAGAAUUAAGUUUAACUUAUUUCUGCAUAACUAUCUAUGAAAUAAAAAUUGAAUAAAAAGAAACCUGAGCUCAAUUCAAUGAAUUAUAGUUUAAAAUAAAAACAGCAAAAAAGGAUUCUA